AUGAAAAUUAAUAUUCUCAUACCGGGACCAUGCUUUUCUUUAUACUAUUUUUCAUCCAUCCCGUGAACUCCUCCAGACUGGAACCAUGUGACAAAUACACUAAAAAUACAAAGAAUUAUGCAUAAACAAAAAUUCAUAUUCCAAACUGUUUCCUAAACUUUAUUCUAUAAAGCGACCCUGAAGGCAGAAAGCUAUGUAUGCAAUAUCGUGUUGAAGAAUAACAGUGGGAGAAAAUGGCUAGGAUUGGUGGCAAAACUUUGGUCCCGUAUGUAGGGGUCGCAGUCAUAUUGCUCAUUGCAUUGGUGGGUGGAGCCAAGGCCACAGCCAUAUGUAACAUAGACUCCACCAAGCUCAACCAAUGCCUCCCAGCGGUUAGCGGGCAGUCACCUCCACCACCAAGCAAGCAAUGCUGCAGUGUUGUACGCCUUGCCAACUUGCCCUGCCUUUGCAGCUACAAGUCUGUUCUCCCUGCAAUUGGGAUUAAUCCCGUGUAUGCCUUGGCAUUGCCUAAGAAAUGUGGCCUGAAAACUCCACCAGAAUGCCGCGUGGGUUGAAGAACUCAUGGUAGCAUCCGCCUCAAGUAUUCUGAGCUCGCCUUGAUGUAUUUCUUUCCAGUAUCUGUUGAAGCUUUUAAUAUUUUGAUAUAAACUUCACUUCCUGUCAAGAAAACCGAAAUGGUUUUAUUCUGAAGGCACUUUUUGUCACUGUAUUUAUAAAUGCGUCGUUCAUUUCUUUUAUCCCCUGUUGUUAAUCGGUAAUUCCUCUCAUUUUGAAAA